CGUAAGCCAUGACGCUAGCAGUUCCAACAUUGUUCUUUUGACCCUUUUCAGAUUCUCCUUUCGUCUCUACUUUUCUCUUUUUAUCCAUUUCUUAAUUUCCACUAUUUUUUUUUGGGUAAAUAUUUCCACUAUUUUUGUCAUCAUAUAUUGCCACUCAAUAGUUCCCGCUGCAGAUUGUCAUUUUUCUAUGCAGCUGAGUUCAGUCCUUCAGUUGAAAAGUAAUUUGUUAAAUACAGCUAUGGCGAUGGAUGGUUGAUUGAAAGAGAUGAAGGUCUGAAUACGCAUAGGCUUUAGUGCACACCAGACUAUUUCAUUGGCAUACAGAAGACCGCUAUUUGUAGCUAACUCUUACUUGCUUGGGAUUGAGGCGUAAUUGUUGUUUUUGUUGUAUAUUAUAGAGGACCGUUAUUGUGGUGAAUGUUUAGUUAAGUAGUAACAGAAAAUGAGUUUUCAUGCAUUUGUUUGGUAUUGCAAGCCGGUGGCGAAUGGGAUAUGGGCCAAAGAAACUAAUAGCGGUUUUGGUGCAUAUACACCUUGUGCUAUUGAAACAGCUGAUUGCAUAUCUUAUUUGGUUCUCUUUGUGUUGUGUGCGUAUCGGUUAUGGCUGGUCAGGAUGGACCACAAAAUUCGGAGAUUCCAGUUGAGGUCGAAAUACUACAAUUACAUAUUGAUCCUCCUGGGAAGUUGUUGUGCUGCUGAAACCUUGCUCAGAUUUUUUAUGGGCAUCUCAAUCUUCAAUCUGGAUGCAGAAACUGGCCUUGCUCCUUAUGAGAUGGUUUAUUUGAGCAUUCAGGCACUUGCUUGGAUUUCCAUUGUUAUUAUGAAUGUAGUGGAAACUAAAGUCUACAUUAGAGAGUUCAGAUGGUAUGUCAGAUUUGGAGUAAUCUAUGUUUUGGUAGGUGAACUUGUGAUCCUCAACUUCAUUCUUUCAAUGCGGAGUUUCUACUCAAGGUGAGUGUGAUGUUAUUAUUUUUGUCAAAUUAGCUCUUUGAGGUAACUUCCCUUCUCAGGGCUUAUUAAUUUGUUCAAGUGCUCUGGUCAAUUUCAUGAGUGUUGGACGACAGCUGCAAGGGCUUUCCUAUUCAGGAAAAAGAAAUUAAAUAUGAAUUUGUCAGAGAAAAAGAAGUGCAGUUGGAUAUUAAUAUACUCCCCAUUAAUUAUGAGAAUUUGAUUAAUGGAAGUGGCUGUAAGAAAUAAAAUACGAAGGAAUCCGUACAAUUCAAAAGCGAAAUGAGUUUGA